AUGUCACCAGAUGCUAACCUGUUCCAAGAUGAAAGCAAGUUGAAUCCGAACCAGAGUCCAUUCUCCACCAGUAAGGACCCCAGAUCGCUAUGGGAUGCUCCACUUGUAUUGUCAAAGAAUUGGAAUCCCAUGUGGCCAAGCUUGAAGUUGAGAUUGGUGACUUCAAAAAGCUGCUGGAGAAGAACGUUGUCUAAUGGGAUUUCGUCCAAAAAGAACAUUGAGUCACCCAAGAACCACUUGACCACUAAUCUUGCAAUGAUGAUUUCAAGAUCCAAUAUCCAUUCGAAGUGUAGGAAAGUUGCAGAUCCAAGAGACGGCAGUCAGCACACAAGCUCAAAGGACAAAACAGCACAAAGCCCUGAGGACCCCCAAUCCGUGCAUCUCAUAGACUUGCUGCUGGGUGCAGGAUUCCAGCCUAGGAUUUUUCUGCGUUUGAUGUGUGCUGCUGAUUGUUGUGUCGGUCCCUGUGUAGACUUGCUGCUGGGUGCAGGAUUCCAGCCUAGGAUUUUUCUGCAUUUGAUGUGUGCUGCUGAAUGUUGUGUCUUUCCCAGUGUAGACUUGCUGCUGGGUGCAGGAUUCCAGCAUAGGAUUUUUCUGUUUUUGAUGUUUGCUGCUGAUUGUUGUAUCCUGCAUUGA